AUGUCUGUUGAAGAUGAUGAUUGGGCUACUGCAGUCGACAUUCAAGAAGGACUGACUAAAGUCGAAAUACAACCGACAAAACCAGCGAGCACCGGGAAGAAUAGUGAACAAGAUGAAUUUACUACAUCGUACGGUGAUGAGCAAACCCCAACGCAAGGCGAUCAAAGCUUUUUACGGAAAGUACUGCGUCAAAAACUAGUCACAACUCAGAGCGAGCUAGAAGUACAACAGCGCGAUCCAAACUCACCUCUAUACUCAGUCCGUAGCUUCGAAGAGCUCAAUCUCCGCCCUGAACUUUUAAAAGGAAUCUAUCAAAUGGGGUUCAAUAGACCUUCGAAGAUUCAGGAAACCGCGCUGCCGAUGCUUGUCUCGCAACAGCCGCAAAAUCUGAUUGCUCAAAGCCAAUCGGGGACGGGCAAGACAGCAGCGUUCGUUCUUACUAUGCUGUCGCGAAUUGACACGAGGGAUGAUACGCCUCAGUGUUUGUGUUUGAGCCCUACAUUUGAGCUCGCUCUUCAAACCGGAAAAGUAGUAGAAGCGAUGGGUGCCGCCAUGCCCGACUUGAAAAUUUGUUAUGCUCUGAAAGGAAUCCGCCUGGGACGGGGAGAAAAGGCACGGGGACAGAUUGUAAUUGGAACGCCGGGAACAACAAUGGAUUGGACUGUGAAACAUAAAUCCAUCGACCCAAGCACUAUCAAAGUUUUUGUUCUGGAUGAAGCAGAUGUCAUGAUUGACACGCAAGGCCACAAGGAUCAGACUAUUAGAAUUCACAAAACGCUCGACAAAGAAAAGUGCCAGUUUCUCUUCUUUUCCGCGACUUAUGACGAUGAGGUCAUGAGAUUUGCUGAGAAGAUUGUUCCACAUGCAAAUAUCAUCCAACUGAAGAGGGAAGAAGAAACUCUUACGAAUAUCAAGCAAUAUCAGGUUCAUUGCAGAGAUAUGGAUCAAAAAUACGAUGCUCUUGCGAAUAUUUAUGCCACACUUUCAGUCGGUCAGGCUGUUAUAUUCUGUCACACGAGAAAUACGGCAAAAUGGCUCGCCGAGAAGAUGCACUCAGAUGGCUACAUCGUUGCUCUCCUCAGCGGCGAACUUGACGUUUCCAGUCGAGCUAAGAUUCUAAAAAGAUUCCGAGAAGGCAAAGAGCGUGUUUUGGUGACGACUAAUGUCUGCGCCAGAGGAAUAGACGUCGAGCAAGUCACAUUAGUUGUCAACUUUGAUCUCCCCAUGACGAAGGAUCGCCACGCCGACUUUGAAACAUACAUUCAUCGAAUAGGACGAACUGGAAGAUUUGGAAAGUCUGGCGUCGCCAUCAAUUUUGUCUCUGAUCGCCAUGACGAGAAAAUUAUCAACAAGAUCGGGGACCACUUUUGCUGUUCGAUCCCAGUCCUGGACGCGGGCGAUUACGAUGACUUGGAGGACAAACUAGCGGAAAAAUGA